UUGAUCUUGUAUCUCAACGUUAAUGUGUGCACGUUUCUGAUACGCGCGUCAAUGAUUCUGUUCUCUGAGUCUCACGGUCAGUCACUGCUGAUACGUUGUCCGCACUACAUCAGCCUCCACGAUACCAAUUCGUCCAACUGAAACAAUGGCUGUCGUACUAGUGUCAUUGAUCCUCGGAGCAGUAGUUGUAUUCUAUUUUUACGUGACGCGAAACUAUAACUACUGGCAGAAACGUGGAGUUCCGUGUGCAGAUGGAUUCUUUCCAGGAGUAGGCCACAUGUGGAUACUUUUCACAAAAACGAUGACUGACCUUCUUGGCAAAAUCUAUAAUGAGAAUAAGCAACAUAGCAUGGUUGGUAUCUACAAUUUCACGUUACCAUCAUUAAUGAUCCUCGAGCCGGAACUGGUGAAGACAGUGCUGCAGAGUAAUUUCGCGAGCUUCCAUGAGAACAGUGUGAAGGUUGAUCCUAAAGUAGAUCCUCUCACAGCGCUCAAUCCUUUCUUUAGCGACGGCGAAAAGUGGGCAGCCGGUAGGAAGCGUCUCACUUACGCGUUUUCCAGCAUGCGACUGAAGAUUCUCCUCGAGAGCGUUAAACCGGUAUGUGUAAAAUUAGAGAACUACUUGGACAACAAAUUGAACAAAUCCGGAAACGUUGAAGAAGAGUUGAAGGACUUGUUUUCUAAAUUCACUGCGCAAGUAGUGGCCGGUGCUGGAUUCGGUGUGGACGGGUACUGCUUCGAUGACGAGAAAAAGGAUAUGUCCUUCCAGAAAAUUGGCAAGGCCAUUAUGGAGCCGUCCACUCGAAACAAGAUCGUAUUUACCAUUGCAUUUCUCAUCCCUUCGCUAAACAAACUGCUCAAGUUCCCCUUAAUACCAAAGAAGAUCGAUCAGUUUUUUAGAACAUUAGUCACAGAGCUUAUCGAGCAACGAAGGGCAGAUGGCAUACCCAGAAACGAUUUUCUUCAUUUGAUGGUUGAGCUGGAGCGGAUAGAAGACGAUAAAUUUGAUGUGGAAAUGCUUGCUUCUCAUGCGCUGUCGUUCUUCCUCGAUGGUUACGAGACCUCCAGCAUUACUUUGAGCUUCGUGGGCUUUCAAUUGGCCACCCACCCAGAAGUGCAGAACAGACUACGUGAUGAGGUGUUGACCGUGCUCAACAAAUACGAUAAUGAGAUCACUUAUGAAGCUUUAAAAGAGAUGGUAUAUAUGGAUCAAGUCAUCAACGAGUCAAUGAGACUCAUACCUGCAGCGGGAUUCAUGUCGAAGAUGUGUACUGAAAAAUUCGAGUUGAAAGGAUCUGAUGGACUCACCUGUCGCGUGCAACCUGGAACCGACAUUCUGAUACCAGUCGAAGCCCUACAUAAAGAUUCUCGAUACUGGGAGAAUCCCGAUGUGUUUGACCCCGACAGAUUCAGUCCGGACAGGAAGCACAAUAUUCAGAAAUAUACCUUUCUUCCUUUCGGCGAGGGCCCACGGAUGUGUGUAGGAAUGAGAAUGGCUCUGUUGCAAAUGAAAGCAUGUUUAGCUGCACUUCUAAGAAAAUACAGCUUAGAGCUAUCUCCGAAGACACAUGUGCCGUUGGAAAUGAUUGUCGGAGCUAUAUUACCUACCGUAAAGGGUGGCCUGUGGGUAAAAUUACAAACGAUUUAAUUACAGAAUUUUUUCAGAUUGUAGAUUUUAGAUACAAGCAAAAUAAGUAUAGCUUUAAUAACUGGGUAAUACAAUUUCCUUAUAGUAAUUUCCGAGUGAAUAAAAGUUAUAUAUUAUAUACAUAUACAUAGUGCUAUCGUAAAUGUACUAAUAAACAAUAUUAACAAGUAUAGGAAAAUAGUUUUUACAAAAUUUUUAAAUUGUUUUAAAAAUUAUAUCUACAUAUUACGUUUUAUCGAGUCAGUACAUACAAAAAUUUCUUAAAACAUUAUGUAGAAUUAGAAACAUAAAUAACAUUUAAAUAAAAUUGUUCCUAAAUUAGUUUUCAAUUGUUAUAAUUUUUUAUAAUAUUCAAUAACAUACUUUUAAUAAUGUUUGAAUAAUAUUACAUUUACUUGAUACUCCUGUGCAAGGAAUCAAAGAGAAACAACUAAAUAAUGUAACAUAGAGUGAUUGUUAGAUGCAACAACUUUUCUCUUUCAAAGUGUUCAAUCAAAAGAUAGCGACUAAUUGAUGGAUGAUAACGCAAGUAAUCACGCAAUUGAUUAGUUUGCGCAAUAUUUAUAUAGAGUGAUAUAUGUGCAGAAAAUAAUACAAUUUUUAUAUUAUGUUUAUAUCUUUCUAUUAUAUUUGUGAGGUAAAUUGAAGUGUCAUUUAUUAUUUUUAAAACUUAAUAAAAAGUAUCAUAUGUGUACGUUAUGUCACCAUGUUACCUCAUGACAUGCAUCUGUUGUAAUAGUAAAUAGCGAGAAGAAAAUGUGCUAAUCUAUUUUCUAUGUAACUUUAUGUACAUUAAUGUAAGGUCUGUUUAAUAAGUAAAGAAUUAAAUAAUCUUGAUAAAUGUUUUAUAAGUUACAUCUAGCAAUUAAAUAAACACUCUUUUAACAUUCAAAUAAACAGAAAUUUAUCUAAUCUG